GAUGGUAAGCCAAGGUUAAGCUUCUACACAAAGAUGCUUCUUUGAACUUCGGGCCUUUUGACCCUACGCAUUCACUUGCCCCUUAUGACGUGAGCUAAGUAUCAAGCGAAAUGAAUUUACUCAAACUAUUCAUGAGCGCAUGUUCUUUCUUGGCAUCUUGAGUAUUCAUAGGUUCAUACCAUAUCGUCCAAUCUUUAAACUGAACACCCCCUCCAUUGAGAGCGUCAUUCGGGCAAUGUUUACCCCUUGUUCGAGCAUACAAUUCACAUCACUUGCAACCCCAUUUGAAAUUAUCAUUAACAUUCUAUUACUACCCCUCCUUUGAGAUCCCACGAGCUAGUUUUUUGGUUCUACAAAAGAGCUCCAAGUCCCUCCUCCUUGUCCUCUUCACAACCACGCACUCAAGAACUUCUUUCCUUCUUUCUUGAUCCAGGAACUUAAUUCUUUAUUAAUAACUCUUUUUGAUUUGCAAUACCAUUAAUUUGCACUAAUUCUUCAACUCUUCUUUGGUGAUCCCCAUCAUGAAGUCUUCUCUCUUAGCGGGAGUGCUAGGCACUGUCGUUAGUUUCGUCUCUGGUUCUACAUUUAGUCCAGUUAGACCUCCUGCGGUUCCUCUAGCUGUCAAAUCACCAUACAUGAGUACAUGGCUGGAGGCAGGAAGUACGGGUGCUAGUGGAGGCAUUCUCCCAGGGUAUUGGCCUCGUUUCUGGGCCGGACCUCAACCUGAUGGUUCGGUUGCAGGAGGCGCUGGCUCCGUCACUGGUUGGGCUGGUCUCAUCAAAGUAGAUGGCACAGCUUACACCUGGAUGGGUGCUGCAAGUGUCAAUGGUGUUGUUCCACCAAGUGUUACUCAAGAUCAUAUGGAGUAUACUUCCAGCAGAUCCACAUUCUUGAUGACUGUCGCUGGAAAAGUAUCGAUGAAUGUUACAUUCCUAUCACCGCUCACACCAGAUGAUAUUCGACGACAAUCGGUUAUUGGUACAUAUCUUUAUGUAUCUGCAAAAUCAUUGGAUGGUGCUACUCAUGCUGUUGAGUUGUACUGUGACACAUCUGCAGAAUGGACUUCUAUCCACAAAUCUGAUACUGCACAAUGGAAUUAUACCGUAAAUGAUGGCAUUGGCUCCCAUCGAAGUUGGAGACAAGACCAAAGUGAAUUCAAUGCGGAUUAUGCAGACGAUCAAGCUCACUGGGGUUACUGGCUGUGGUCUACCAAAGCCGUCAAUGGCAUGUCAUAUCAAUCCGGACAGGACUCUGUUGUUCGCGGAAAUUUCCUCAACAAUGGGUCUCUUCCAAAUACUCAGGAUACCGUCUACAGAUCUAUCGAGGAUGCUUGGCCAGUAUUUGGUUUCGCCAACAAUCUUGGAAAUGUUGGAAGUACUGCGGUUGAAACUCUUUACACUAUUGUCCAUGCUCAAGAAAACGCAAUCAUUUUCCUUGGAGAUGGUGGACUGAAAACUGUUCCUUCCUUAUGGGCUAGCUAUUGGGAUUCUGAUAUCUCUUUGGUCACCGAUUUUUACAACGAUUGGGUCAUGAAAUGGGGUGUCUGGGACCACAAAAUUGCCGUCGAUUCUCUUGCAGCAGGUGGCCAAGACUACUUGACUAUUACUUCUCUUUCAGCUCGUCAAGCAUUCGGAGCUGUUCAGCUUUGCGGAACUCCAGAUAAGCCAUACUACUUUCUCAAAGAAAUCAGUUCUGAUGGUAAUACACAAACUGUUGAUGUCAUGUUUCCCGCCAUGCCCAUCUUUCUCUACACGAACCCUAUUUUGUUGAAGUACUUGCUUGAUCCUCUUUACGAGAACCAAGAAGCUGGCCACUUCCCUCAAGAAUAUUCAAUCCAUGAUUUAGGUGCUAACUAUCCCCGUGCGGUUGGACACCCAACUGGUGAUGGAGAACCUAUGCCUCUUGAAGAAUGUGGAAACAUGAUUAUCAUGACUCUCGCCUACUCUCAACAUGCUUCCGAUAAAGCGUAUCUGACUCAACACUACCCACUACUCAAACAAUGGACUACCUUCCUCGUCGCUGAAGCUUUAAUCCCAGCAAAUCAACUUUCCACUGAUGAUUUCCAAGGCACUCUCGCAAAUCAAACCAAUCUUGCCCUCAAAGGUAUCAUCGCCAUUGAAGCAAUGUCAGUGAUUGCAAAUAUGACUGGAAAUUCCGCCGAUGCAUUGAACUAUACAAAUAUUGCACACGAUUACCUUACGAAAUGGGAGCAACUCGCUAUAGUCCCAGCCACUGCAUCUGUUCCAGCACAUACCAAAUUAGCCUAUCAAGAUAACGCUGGACAUGGUCUUUUGUACAAUCUUUACGCUGAUACGCUUUUGAAGCUCAAUUUUGUCCCAAAACGAAUCUACGAUAUGCAAAGCGAAUACUACCCAACAAUUGCUAAUGUAUAUGGUGUUCAACUUGACUCCAGGAAUGUUUGCACCAAAUCCGAUUGGGAAAUGUGGGCAGCAGCAAUCGCAUCUCCAUCCACAAAAUCCAUGUUUAUCUCCAAGCUCGCAACAUGGAUUGGUAUUACUCAAACUGACCGCGCUUUCACCGACCUUUACAAUACUCAAACUGCAGACUGGUGGUCAGGUCCCUUUAUCGCUCGUCCAGUCGUUGGUGGCCAUUUUGCUCUUCUUGCAAUCGAUGGCUCACCAACAACAACACCUAAGAGAGAGAUUGAAUGCGAAGCCAAAUGCAGUCUCACAUGUGACGCUAAAUGUGACACGGAAGAUGGAAGCGUGGCAGUCAAAUUUAAGGCAUAAAUGACGAAGCAUCUGUUACGAUACAUGGGAUCCGGCGGUUAGAGAUUAAUGAUGGGGUUUUGGUGAUAUCUUCUUUGCAUAUUUGGGGGGACUUUGGGGAGACUUUGGGGACAUUUAGGGUUAUUAGGCAUUUACGAUAGUUAGUUUGGCUAGAGAUACCACGCAUGAUUUUCUUGGGGUUAUGAAGGAGCUCGAAUUCUACACAUGUUUUAAUUCGAUUCAUUUCUAUUUUAUUUCUGUCUUGUUGCCGGGAAUCUGUGGAUUGAAUGCAGGAUGAUACUUUAUUUGAUUAGCAUUGUCACACCACUCAGCCCGUUGAGGGGAUACAGAGAGUACAAUAAGAAAAUAAUUUCUCCUCGCA